CAGCGGUGCUUCGCAACACUUACUGUCAAAUUAGCGCGAAUUUUUCAUUUUAUUGCAAAUCUCUGAAUAAAAUCAACUAAUAAUGCCGAAAAUAAAGAAGAAGCAACAAUCCUCGUCGUCCGGCAGUGACAGCGGCCCCGAAGACCGCAACCAGCCGGCAAGCAAGAAAGCCAAGGAAUCUGCAGCACCCGCAGCCGCGGCCAAAAAGCCUGUCUCUGGUGGUGGCGGAGAUGGGGAGACCACCACCUGGACGCUGGAGAGAAUGCGUCAGGUACGCAUCAACGAGUUCCGUGGCCGCAAAAUGGUCGACAUCCGUGAGUUCUACGAGAAGAACGGUGAAACGUUGCCGGGCAAGAAAGGCAUCUGCCUGUCGAUACUGCAGUGGAAAAAACUGCUUGAGCACGCCGACGAAAUCACAAAAGCUGUCGAAAACUAAUAUACCGUACGUGCGUGCGCGUACCCGAAAAAAUGAUAGCGCUGAGUCAUAGCAGAUAGAGUUUUGUUUAACUAACGUUAAAGUACAUACAUUUAUUUUGUAACUACGAAGAAAUACAAAUAAAAGAUAUCUUAGACAUAGCAA